AUUAACAUACGACUGUAACAUCGUACAACAACACUGAAAUCUGGGUCGAAAUUAAUGGGAUUUUUGUAGUUGUGUGUAGGCUGUCGAUACGUUUUAUUGGGCGUUGACUUCGCAUCGCUUUGUCAGACUAGUGUGUGUGUGUGAUUGCCGUAUUACAAAAAUCGAUUUCUAGUAUUCAUAACCAAUUUUACGUCUGUAAAGAUUAAGUGACAACAUGGGACUCAGUGAUGCAGCUUUGGCUAUUAAAUUAGCUCUAAUUUUUAUCAUUGUUGGAUUCCUCCUCCAUAUAAUUGGAUUUGGAGCACCUUACUGGUCAAGUGGUAUAUUUGCUAACGUAGGAUUAUGGCAGGCGUGUAGCAAAAUUACAGAUUCCUGUAGUGAUAUUGACACGGAUAUCAAGAUCGGAGUUGGAGACUGGUUUACUGCAGUGAAGACCUUUGAAUGUUUCGGAUUAAUCGGAUCUAUUGCCUGUUUAGUAUUCAUUGGUAUAUUUAUCUGCGUAGGGAGAUGUUCUGGAAGUAAAUGCAUCGCCGUUUUUAAUGUCAUCUUAUUAUUAGGAACUGGAGCUUGCAUUCUGGUCGCCAUCAUAAUCUAUGCCUCCGAGUCCAACAACUUAGCCUGGGCAUUUGGUCUGGCUACUACUGGUGGGGUUUGUUUCGCUCUUGCCGGAAUAUUCAUGAUAGUUUCAAUGUGCCAGUAAGCACCAUUAAAUAGGGAAAACAAAAACUAUGUAUGGAUUUCACGUGACAAAUUUAUUUUCUGACGAUAAGAAUAUGGAAAUAAUAGAUAUAAAUUUCUAUUGUAGGAUAUGAAAAAUUAUGUGUACAAUCAAAAUUUUCUUCAAAGAUAUGACCGCUUUUAAUUGUUUUUCUUAAAACAUAAUAAUAAAUUUGCCACAAACAUUGUGAGCUUUUUGUUGAAAAUCGUAUGCCACUUUAAAUUAGAUUUAUAGUAAUUUUGAAAGAUGUUAAAACUUCUGUGGCCUUUAGAAAUAACUAAAUCUGCCUUAUUUGCAAUGUAUUUUGGUUAUGCAUCUAUCGUUCAUCUUUUCUGGUGGAGCAUGAAUUUUUUCCCUCGACUUAAAUGAAAAACAACAUUUUUUCAAUAGCAAUACAGGAACAAAAACUUAGAAAAAAAAAUCAAAUAUAUUUUUUCUUUUUUACUUUUCAAUGGAAACAAUUUUUUUUCAUAUCCCAUUUGAAAUUUCGAAAUCAAACCAUUUAUUUAAUAAAAACAUUUUCUCGCCUCAAAAUAAGAAUGGUUGUUGCCUUAGAAAUUAAUGUUGAUACGCAUAAUUUUUAGAAUAUUUUUCUCUCCAGAAAAUUGUAUAUAUUUUGUAUGUGUG